AUGCCUUCGAGCACAGACCGCUCCGAGUGCGUUUCCCCGACGUCUUUCCGUCUAUUCUGGCAGCAAAGACCAGACACUCACGAUAGUUGCAGAUCAGCCUCCCCCUUCUGGCGGCCCCCGGUUCGAGAACAUGCUCCUAAGCGAAAUGUGACGACGCCUGCAGGUCGCGACCCCAACUUCGUCGUUGGCGCAGCAUAUUCGCAUGCCGAUAUGCUCAAGUUCGACUCAUUAAGCCUCUCUGGCAACCGACCCAAGACACCUCCUUCCACUUCUGCCACAAAGGGCGGCCGCUUAAGUGAAGCGACCCCUCCAACCCGAGGGUCAACCGGCGUCGCCAGCUCCCCACCGUUUAAAAGCUACAUCAAUUUUCUUUCCAACACCAACGAUGACUGGAAAGCCGACGAAGAUGAUAUGCUUGGGUACGAUGACGACGAUGGCGACGACUUUGGGCUGCCCAGCCUGUCCAACAUGAAGAGACGGUCCAGGAGGAUGGCGACGCAAAACAAAGCCAACACCGGACCUCUAUCACCAGCAUUGGAUGGGACGUUUGGUCUAGGGGCAAGGCUCCAUUCGGAUAGUGCCGACAUUGCCGUCGAGCGACCAUCCCUGACAUAUCCAAUGCCGAAAAAGAGCGAGGGCAAGAUCCUCCGCCCGCAAUAUAAAGAUAUUCUCCAAGAGGAGGGGGGAAUGGUAGAUCCCGCCAAUGCCUUGCACCUCAUCAAUUACCCCUCCAUCCCAACCAACGCAACCCCCAAAGAAGCCGACGCCAUCAACUCUCGAAUCACCAGAAUCAACAAGUUCAAGAAACUCCUCCAAGCGUCCUCCAUAUCACUACCCGAUCUCCGAGCGCUAGCCUGGUCAGGCGUCCCCGAGGAAGUGCGCUCCAUGACGUGGCAGCUCCUCCUCAGCUACCUGCCGACCAACAGCGAAAGAAGAGUGGCAACGCUUGAGCGCAAGCGCAAAGAAUACGUCGACGGCGUGCGGCAGGCCUUUGAACGGGUCGGCACCAACGCAGCCUCGGCCAGCCGAGCAAGAGGCCUGGACGAAGCCAUCUGGCACCAAAUCAGCAUCGACAUUCCGCGGACAAACCCGCACAUCGAGCUCUACAGCUACGAGGCCACGCAGCGCUCCCUCGAGCGCAUCCUGUACCUCUGGGCCGUGCGCCACCCAGCAAGCGGCUACGUCCAGGGCAUAAACGACCUCGUCACACCCUUCUUCCAGGUCUUCCUCGGCCUGUACAUUGCCGACCCGAACAUCGAGGCCGGCAUGGACCCGGGUCAGCUGCCCAAGUCGGUGCUCGACGCCGUCGAAGCCGACUCCUUCUGGUGCCUCACCAAGCUCCUCGACGGCAUCCAAGACCACUACAUUGUCGCACAGCCCGGCAUCCAGCGCCAGGUCGGCGCGUUGCGCGACCUCACCGCCCGCAUCGACGCCACCCUCUCCAAGCACCUCGAGCACGAGGGCGUCGAGUUCAUCCAAUUCAGCUUCCGCUGGAUGAACUGCCUCCUCAUGCGUGAAAUAAGCGUCAAGAACAUUAUCCGCAUGUGGGACACCUAUCUCGCCGAGGAGCAGGGCUUCUCCGAAUUCCACCUGUACGUCUGCGCCGCCCUCCUUGUCAAGUGGUCCGACAGGCUGGUCAAGAUGGACUUUCAGGAAAUCAUGAUGUUCCUCCAGUCGCUGCCCACCAAGACGUGGACCGAAAAGGACAUUGAGCUGCUGCUCAGCGAAGCCUUUAUCUGGCAGAGCCUGUACAAGGGGUCUGCGGCGCACCUGAAGGGCGGGCCUAGCAAGCCCCUGCUGGCGAACCUGCAACUCUAA